AUGGCCCAGCCCGGCGAGGAGGCUCUAUCCAGGCCCGAGACGGCCGUGCAGAUCCGCGUCGCCAUCCAGGAGGCCGAGGACGUGGAGGAGCUGGAGGAGGAGGAGGAGGGGGCGGACACGCGGGUCGCUGGGGACCCGGCUCGGUAUCUCAGUCCCGGCUGGGGCAGCGCCAGCGAGGAGGAGGCGAGCCGCGGGCACAGCAGCACCACGACAAGUGGGGGCGAGAAUGAGCACGAGGACCUGGAGCAGGAGUGGAAGCCUCCGGACGAGGAGUUAAUCAAGAAGCUGGUGGAUCAGAUUGAAUUCUACUUUUCUGAUGAAAACCUGGAGAAAGACGCCUUCCUGCUGAAACAUGUGAGGAGGAACAAGCUGGGAUACGUGAGCGUCAAGCUGCUCACAUCCUUCAAGAAGGUGAAACACCUUACAAGGGACUGGAGAACCACAGCUUAUGCCUUGAAGUAUUCAGUGAUCCUUGAGCUCAAUGAGGAUCACCGGAAGGUGAGGAGGACCACCCCUGUCCCGCUCUUCCCCAAUGAGAACCUUCCGAGCAAGAUGCUUCUGGUCUAUGAUCUCUACCUGUCCCCUAAGCUGUGGGCCCUGGCCACCCCCCAGAAGAAUGGAAGGGUGCAGGAGAAGGUUAUGGAACACCUGCUCAAGCUCUUUGGGGCCUUUGGCAUUAUCUCAUCAGUACGAAUCCUCAAACCUGGGAGAGAGUUGCCCCCUGAUAUCCGGAGGAUUAGCAGCCGGUACAGCCAAGUGGGGACUCAAGAGUGUGCCAUUGUGGAGUUUGAGGAGGUGGAAGCGGCUGUCAAAGCCCACGAGUACAUGAUCUCAGAAUCUCAAGGCAAAGAGAACAUGAAAGCUGUCCUGAUCGGUAUGAAGCCACCCAAAAAGAAACCACCCAAAGACAAGAACCAUGAUGAGGAGCCCACUGUGAGCAGCCACCUGAACAAGUCCCUAAACAAGAGAGUUGAGGAGCUUCAAUACAUGGGUGAUGAGUCUUCUGCUAACAGCUCCUCUGAUCCCGAAAGCAACCCCACAUCCCCGAUGGCUGGCCGACGGCAUGUGGUCACCAACAAGCUUAGCCCUUCUGGCCACCAGAAUCUCUUUCUGAGCCCGAAUGCCUCCCCCUGCUCAAGUCCUUGGAGCAGCCCGUUGGCCCAGCGCAAAGGUGUUUCCAGAAAAUCCCCACUGGCCGAGGAAGGUAGACUGAACUCUAGUACCAGUCCUGAGAUCUUUCGCAAGUGCAUGGAUUAUUCCUCCGACAGCAGCAUCACUCCCUCUGGCAGCCCCUGGGUUCGGAGGCGCCGUCAAGCUGAGAUGGGGACACAGGAGAAAAGUCCCGGGGCAAGUCCUUUGCUCUCUCGGAAGAUGCAGACUGCAGAUGGUUUACCUGUGGGGGUACUGAGGCUGCCCAGAGGCCCUGACAACACCAGAGGAUUUCACGGUGGACAUGAGAGGAGCAGGGCUUAUGUAUAAUUCUAUUUUUAAUAUCAGCUCCAUUGAAAGCCACCUUUGUUUUCAAGGUUCUAACAAAUACCUGGCAUGACCUAGAAUGUAAUUAAGUCCCCUUUGAAAGAUUUUGUACACAUGUAGACCUCAUAAUUUAUAUAUUUGUAAUGUAUAUGAACUGUUCGGCACACUAUGGUUUGAAGAGCAUCUUCUAGUUCAGAACACUCAUUUGUCCCAGCACGGCCAUUAUUUCUGAAGGGCUGGUGGACAGGGGCUCCCUGGGGAAGGGCUGGUGGAAGGUCUCUUCUUUGGGACAGGGUUCUUCCCUGUGGUGACUGGGCUGUCCUCAGUAGGCCAUGCAAGGGCUUCCUGAGAGCCCCGAGGAGUUCUGUUGUACAACAGCAGCUAGUUAAGCUGAUAGCAUUGUGUCUCAUAGGACCAAAUGUAUGUUUUCUGUCAAGUCAAUAAAUAAUAAAA